AUGAACAUGGUAAAGAGCCCGGAGCAGCUGGAGCAGCGGUUGGCGGGGAUGGUGGCCGUCCGGGAGACGUCUCCAGCCUGGUCUGCAAUGGGAGAGGAGGGGCCGGCGACUAUGAAGAAGGACAAGAGCCACGGGCAGGAUGAGGCAGACUGUAGGGCAAAGCUGAUCCUCAUCAAUGGGGACAAUGCACCUGGUGUUGUACUGGAGGCGAAUGGGAAGCCCAGCACUCCAGAUUCCAGAGGCCUGGGGCUGCUGCCCCUGAAGAAGAAGGACAGCAAUGGAGACCUUUCCAAGGAGGACCUGGCCUGGCCGCUCGAUCUGGCGCCAGCGCAGAGGGUGCAGCCCUGGGGCAGUGCUGGGUGGGAGAGCAGCCUCAGGCAGAAGCCCACCACCCUCUGCCUCAUGUUCCAGGCAGGGCGGACCCGGCAUGAGAUGCGGAUCAAGGAACCACCACGCAGUGUGGAGACUCUCAGGGACCUGCCAACUCCCGUGCGGAGCUCCAGGCGUCGCUCAGCCGUGCCCACACCUGUGACCAUCGACCUGACGGAGGAGGAUUCCCAGGACUCAUCCCGGAGCAGCAGCACACUCUCUGGUAGCAGCUCCCAGGAGGGGCAGAACAGCUCUGUUGAGCUGGGGGCAGAGGAGUCAGAGAGCAGAGACAUGGGCAUGGCACUGGAGUACCAGGAUGGGAAGGAAUUUGGAAUUGGGGAACUCGUCUGGGGAAAGAUCAAAGGUUUUUCCUGGUGGCCUGCGAUCGUUGUCUCCCACAGAGCCACGGCCAAGCGCCAGGCAGUCUCGGGCAUGCGGUGGGUGCAGUGGUUUGGAGACGGGAAGUUCUCUGAGGUUUCUGCAGACAAACUUGUGGGACUGAUGGCCUUUAGGCAACAUUUCAAUUCCUCCACGUUCAACAAGCUGGUGUCCUACCGCCGUGCCAUUUACCAUGCCCUGGAGGUUGCCCGGAGCCGGUCGGGGAAGACGUUUACAACUGGCCCCAGGGAGUCACUGGAGGAGCAGCUGAAGCCCAUGAUUGACUGGGCAAUCACUGGCUUCAAACCCCUGGGGCUCAAGGGACUGCGGCCACCCAAAGGCUCAGAGAAUGGGGUGCUGAAGAAUGGGACAGAGGAGGUGGUGUCCCUUGAACAGUGUCCCCCCACCAAGAGGCUGAAGACCUACCCCUGCAACAACAGCAAGGAGCAGCGAGUGGAAGAGGACCAGACCCGAGAGCAAAUGGUUUCUGAAGCUACGAGCAACAGCGGGAAGCUGGAAGAGAGCUGUUUGUCCUGCGGGAGGAGGAACCCGGCCACCUUCCACCCACUGUUCAAGGGGGGCCUCUGCCAGACGUGCAGGGAUAGAUUCCUGGAGUACUUCUACAUGUAUGACGAAGAUGGGUACCAGUCCUACUGCACCGUCUGCUGCGCAGGCAAGGAGCUGCUGCUCUGCAGCAACAGCAGCUGCUGCAGGUGCUUCUGUGUGGAGUGUCUGGAGGUGCUGGUGGGCCGAGGGUCGUCAGCCAGAGUGAAAGAGCAGGAGCCCUGGAACUGCUACAUGUGCCAGCCCCAGCAGAACCAUGGCGUGCUGCAGCGCCGGCAGGACUGGAACACUCGCCUGCAGGACUUCUUCACCAGUGACAAGGGACAGGAAUACGCUGCACCCAAAAUCUACCCAACAGUUCCUCCAGCGAAGAGGAGACCAAUUCGAGUGCUCUCAUUGUUCGAUGGGGUGGCAACAGGGUACACGGUGCUGAAGGACUUGGGCAUCCAAGUGGAGAAGUACAUUGCCUCAGAGAUCUGCGAGAACCCCAUCGCCGCGGGCACCGUGCGGCCCGAGGGCAACAUCACCUACGUGCACGAUGUCAGGAACAUAACCAAGAGAAAUAUUGAGGAGUGGGGUCCUUUUGACCUGGUGAUCGGUGGAACCCCCUGUGACGAUGUUUCCCUUGUCAAUCCAACCAGGAAGGCGCUGUUUGGUAAGGCUGCUUUGCCUCUGCUGGGCUGCAUACCUUGGGAUGUUCCUGGGGCAUGGAGCCACCCUACAGCCUGGGGAAGUGUUUCAGCCCCAAGCUGUAUUGGUGCCAGGCCCCCCGGCCCUGCAGCCCGUGUCCCAGCUGGUCCAAACCUGCUGCUCGGCUUUUUCCUCGCAGAAGGAACUGGGAGGCUGUUCUUCGAGUUCUACCACCUGCUCAACUACGCUCGUCCCAAGGCAGGCGAGGAGCGGCCCUUCUUCUGGAUGUUUGAGAAUGUGGUGGCCAUGAGGAUCAACGACAAGAGGGACAUUUCCCGGUUUCUGGAGUGUAACCCAGUUAUGAUUGAUGCUAUCAAGAUAUCAGCUGCCCACCGAGCUCGUUACUUCUGGGGCAACCUCCCUGGGAUGGACCGGAUCUUUGGUUUCCCUCUCGCCUACACGGAUGUCUCCAACAUCAGCCGUGGGACUCGCCAGAAGCUGCUGGGGGGAUCGUGGAGCGUCCCUGUCAUCCGGCACCUCUUCUCCCCGCUCAAGGAUUACUUUGCCUGUGAAUAG